AUGUCUGCAUUCAACCGUCCGCCUGAGGUGUCAAUGUCUCAGACCGACGCAGACUUACCAUAUGAACGUGCUCAGGAAUAUGUUUCAACCACCAGAUACCCGAUAGUCACAAGUCCAACCAUGUCACAGAGCCCCUACAGCGACCCAAGGGAAUGCUACGAAUCCAUGGACUCGGGCGACGACAAUGAUACUGUUAUCGUCGACAAUAAGAUCCUAUUCCCAUCUAGUCACUGUUUCGCAGAAGGCGAUUUCAUUCCACCCGGCUUCUUUGACCAUGCAACUCUUAAUGGUUUCACACGUCGAUUCAAAUACUCGCAAUGGUCAUAUGAGAUGCGCCGUGAGGCUCAACUUAUCCUCCCAUUCCUCUCUCUUGGCCCCUCGGCAGUUUUACGAGAUCGUAACUAUCUUCGCGACCAAGGCUUCACUCUCUUACUAGCUAUUCGAAACACCCAAUCUGCUCUUGCGCGUCUGGUUUCAGGUGAAAAGGCAGCUGCCGAGCUCGGAAUACAGUCAGACACUAUUGAUGUUCUCGAUAACCAAGAAUUGAUAUCCGCAUUUCCCCGCGCUAUCCGGCGCAUCAAUGACCACCUCGCCGGCGUUGAUAAUGGACACAGUCCUCCUGGAUACCAGACCCAAGAUGGAGUGCGGAAAGUCCUGGUCUUUUGUGAAACUGGCAACGACCGAUCUGCUGCUGUGGUAAUCGCUUAUGUCAUGACGAUGUUGAACCAGGACGCUUUGGAAGCAACUCGCAUGAUCCAGCAACACCGGUUUUGUGUCUCAAUUGAGGAUGCCAUGAAACGCUUGCUUACUGCUUUUGACUCCAUUCUUUGUGCCAAGCGAGAUGUUGAAAAAGUAAAGCAAGCGGCUGCUGAAUCAAGAAUGAUGAUGGCUUCCACCAAUCUAGCUCCAGUUUCCAUUGCGAAGAAGCGGAGUUUCCAGGUCUGUAGAGAGGACGAUGCUAUGAUGGAUGACGGUGAUAUGGAUAUGGACAUGGACAUGGAUAUGGAGAAUGGCGAUUAUUCAUCUGAACGAAAGCCUAUGGCCCCUUUCCGAGAUCGGGCUCAGUAG